UGAGCAUGCGCACUGGGUGUAAACAGGAAGAAUUGUUGGGGGAAAAAACAGGGCAAAUCCACCAGAGUCGAGCGAACGCGCGGAUUGUACACAAAAUGUAUUGUGGUUCAUUUUAUAUUAACAUUAAGAAGUUGUUUUGUCCAAUCUGAACAAGAUUACGAUUAAAUUAGUUGCGAAACAGGUACGGCUAUUCGACUGUUCCUUGGAAGGCACUGUUAAACCCAGCAACGCCAGACCUGCUGUCUGACGCGAUUGGCUUGCUCGGCAUUCCGUGAAAAAAAGCAGCGCUUUUCUUGGAUUGUUUUUAUUCGUUUCCGAGGAUUUUCUACCAUAAAAUGGUCCAAAAAGAAAAGACGCUGGAGAGGACACCGGUGGAAUCCGAACCGAAUCCCAGCCCAGUCUCGGGAGAGGCUUGUGCCGCUGGUCCCGGCCUGUUGGAAGAGUCCGGCGGAAUCAUUGUGGAAACGACGGGCCACCGAAAAUUCAUCAGUGGAGUGGUAGAAGGUUUUUAUGGACGGCCGUGGACAAUGGAACAGAGGAAAGAGUUGUUUCGGAGACAACAGAAAUGGGGACUGAAUACGUACCUUUAUGCCCCGAAAGAUGACUACAAACACAGAAUGUUCUGGAGGGAGUUGUACUCAGUAGAGGAAGCAGAACAACUUAUGACGCUAAUUGGAGCAGCCAAAGAGUAUGGCAUUGAGUUCAUCUAUGCCAUUUCUCCCGGACUUGACAUCACUUUCUCCAAUCAGAAAGAGGUCACAGCACUCAAGAGGAAACUGGACCAGGUGACACACUUUGGUUGCAAGUCAUUUGCCUUACUUUUUGACGACAUCGACCACAACAUGUGCCCUGCCGACAAGGAGGUGUUUAGCUCGUUUGCGCACGCUCAGGUGUCCAUCACGAAUGAAAUCUACCAGUACCUUGGAGAGCCUGAAACCUUCUUGUUCUGUCCCACAGAGUACUGUGGAACCUUCUGCUACCCGAAUGUCUCUCAGUCUCCCUACCUUCACACAGUUGGAGAGAAGCUGUUGCCUGGCAUCGAUAUUCUCUGGACAGGACCCAAAGUGGUGUCCAAAGACAUCACAGUGGAGUCGAUAGAAGAAGUGUCUAAGAUUUUAAGAAGAGCCCCUGUGAUCUGGGACAACAUUCACGCCAAUGACUACGACCAGAAGAGGCUCUUCUUGGGUCCUUACAAGGGCCGCUCCACAGAACUCAUCCCCAGACUGAAGGGCGUCCUCACCAACCCCAACUGCGAGUUUGAGUCCAACUUCGUUGCUAUCCACACUCUGGCCACCUGGUAUAAGUCGAACAUGAACGGGGUCCGCAAGGAUGUGGUCAUGAACGAUGGCGAGGACAGCACAGUUUCCAUCCAGAUUAAGUUGGAGAAUGAGGGCAGUGAUGAAGAACUGGAGACAGACAUGUUGUACAGCCCCCAGCUUGCUCUGAAACUGGCUCUCACCGAGUGGCUUGGAGACUUUGUUGUGCCUCAUCAAUACAAUAGCCGACAGGUGCCCCAGAGCGGUGCCAAAAGUACAGUCAUCGACGUGUCCUCCAUGGCCCCUCCCACACUUUGCUCAGAUACCACGGUGACAACUGUGUUCCAGCAGCCUAUCAUGUCUCCGGCCAUGCCGCCUCAAUUACUGGAACCUCACCUCAUGGCAAAAACACCGGAGCAGGAAGAGGAGGUGGAGAAGAAGGAUUCUGAUGAGGAGCCAAUGGAGAUGGUGGUGGAGAAGCAGGAGGAGCCGGAUGUAGAGGCGAGCACAGAGCCGAAACCUGAGGGCCCAAUCUUGGCUGACAAGAUGGCGGAAGAUCUGAAGCCCAUGGAUACAGACAAGGAGAGCUUGGCAGAGUCCAAGUCUUCUGAAGAGUCCAUACAGGAGGAUCCUGGGAGCGAUAUUGCACCCAUGCAGACUGACGAUCAACUCAAACAGGACGUAUUUGCGCCGGGUCCCAAUGAGAAGCCGCUGUUCGCCGUGGAGCCGCUCUCCAUUGAGGACCUGUGCCUCCUAGCGGAACUCUUCUACCUGCCUUACGAGCAUGGCCCCAAGGCCAUGCAGAUGUUGAAAGAGUUCAACUGGCUGAGAGCCAACAGCAGCGUUGUCAGCGUCAACCGCAAGAUGAAAGAAGACGAGAAGGUUGCAGAAUGGCAGUUGAGAGCAGAGAAGUUUGAGGACAUGUGCUGCUCGGUCAUUCAGAUGUUCACACGUCUGUCCAAUUCGGCCAACCGCACUAUCCUGUAUGACCUCUACCCUUACAUCUGGGACAUCAAGAGCAUCAUUUCCAUGGUCAAGUCCUUUGUCCAGUGGCUAGAUGGAAGAAUCCACAGUACAAGUUUCUACUGCUAUUGGAUCGACAGUGGCCGAUGGUGUCGUAGUCAAUCCUCAGCACAAUUCCCUAAAGGAGACCAAGAACCGUGGGCCUUUAGGGGAGGUCUAGCAGGAGAGUUCCAGAGAUUGUUGCCAAUAGAUGGGGCAAACGAUCUUUUCUACCAGCCUCCUCCCUCACUGCCUACCUCCAAAAUCUAUUCAAUAAGGCCCUACUUUGCCAAAGAUGAGGCUUCGGUGUAUAAAAUUUGUAAAGAAAUGUACUAUGAAGGAAUGGAGGAUGCACCUUCCUCAGAGCAGGAAUCUGACCUCAUCGGUGACAAGUUGGUUGGAGGUCUUCUGUCUUUGAGCCCGGACUACGGCUUUGUGCUGGAGGAUGAUGAAGGCAUCUGCGGCUACGCUUUGGGCACGGUGGACGUCAAGCCCUUUAUCAAGAAAUGCGAGAUGAGCUGGAUUCCUUUUAUGCAAGAGAAGUACCUCAAACCUGAUGGUCAAAAGGACCUCACGGAGGCUGAGAAGAUGAUUUUGAGUUUCCAUGAGGAAGAGGAGGGUCUUCCGGAAUCGUUCCUGUCCAACUUCCCCUCCCUCAUCAAGGUUGACAUUCAUGCAAAGGUCACUGAUCCCAGUGUGGCCAAAAGCAUGAUGGGAUGUCUGUUGUCUUCCCUUAAGGCCAACGGCUCCCAGGGUGCAUUCUGCAAGGUUCGCCAGACUGACAAGAGAAUGUUGGACUUCUAUAGUAAGCUGGGAUGCUUUGAGGUGGCCAAGAUGGAGGGCUUUCCCAAAGAUGUCAUCAUAAUGGGGCGAAGCUUAUGAGGCAAUGUUCAAAUUACAGACUGAGCAAGAGAGAGGGCAACCCGCGAUCACAGAACCUUCAUGAGACACAACUUCCAUGAUGGUUUAAAAGCUAUAUGACUGCCUGUGCUCGCAGAGACACCUGUUGGUUUUUUUUUUUUUUUUUUUUUAGUCCUGCUCUCUUAGGAUGAGCUGAUUGCAAGCCAACAAGGCCAAGGUGUGAUCAGUGGAGAUGAGCCAGCAUGGAAGAGUGACAGUGCACUUGUCCAAUCCGGAGGCCCAACACUCGUACACCUCCAGGAGGAAGGAAAUUAUGUUUUGUUUUGUUUUUUUUGCUGCCUUUAUUCCUCCAGAGGCCAUUACAUGCAAAUGACAGAAACACCUUCGCCUAAAGUCUCUGCACACCGCAAGAGCUGUGAAAUGAGGGUAGCGUGUAUAUUCAGACACAGUUCCCAAUGUUACAUUCUCGCUGCUUCAUUGUCACGCCACGAUUGUUCCAUGGAUUACUUUUUUUUUUUCAUACAAGUGGCGCUGAGUGGCUACACAUGCACAAUUUGAAUUCACAAGAUCGUCGCACACCGGAGUGGAUCUUUAAGGAGGUCUUUGAAGCAAUAGUGAAUUUAUGCUCGACGCUGUGCUUUUUUUUUUCCCAGCCCCUCGUGAACAUUUUGCCUUUUGGUUCUUUGCCUUUGAGUGUUUAGCAUUCUAACAGACCUCGGUGUCUUCUGUCACCACCUUUUAAAGCUGAUACAAGAAGGCUUAGUUAAUUUUGGAAAUUAUGUCUCAGAAGACCUCCGUUUAUGGAAAAUGACACAUUAGCUUAUGUUAUGGAAUUCUUUUCACUUUUUCUUCUUUCUCAAAUUGUUUACUGAUCUAAAUCGGGGGUGGGGAACCUUUUUCCUAUGAGGGGCCAAUUCACUUUUUAUCAAGUCCUCCAAGGGCCAUCAUACAUUUGUGGCAGAAUACAAUGCAACAGAAAACGCAAAUGUUUUGGGCGGUUUGAGGUUCUAUUUGUUUCUACAAUUGCAUAGUAGGCAGGAUCCAAAGUUAUAUGUUUCUCCACCCCUGUUCUUAAGUAUCAAAUUUACCACGGGACCAAAAAUCUGUAAAAUUCCAACCGCCCCCUUUGUUUUAAGAGAAAGAAAAUCAUGCCCGGUGUUUUACAUUGGAUGACUGCUCAGUUCCUUCCCAACCACUUCAUCAGCAUCCGGUGUCUACAUCAGCAGGUAAUCUGGGCAGCAGGAUAUUUAUUCUGUGAAGUAAUUCUUUUCCCCUCCGGAUUUGGUUCCUUUUUAGCACUGUCAUGUUAGCAUGAAUGUCUUUGCUGCACUGGACCCCUAUGAUCGCUCCAGUUAUUCAUCCUGUCACCGAAGUGGCACUUUUUUUUUCUAUUUCAUGUUGAAUGUUUUGCCUUCAGAUGGGGUUCCCACAUUUCUUGUAAAAACCUAAAUAGUGAACAAUCAAGCACUUUGGUUUAAAAAACAAAAAACA